GGUUUUUCUCCUCAAAUAGGGACGAUCCCUCUCCCUCCCUAAUUUGGCUUCUCUUUUUCAUCCCUUUUUCAGCCACUCUCUAACAGAGAUGAUUGUAUAUCUCUGACCUCUUCUUAACUGCAUUCGCAUUGUAAUUUUACAUAAAUUUCCUGUAUUAGUUUCUUUUGCUUUCUAUUUGUUAUACUGUAUGCCUACGGUCACAUUCACUGAAUUUUGUAUCACAGCGCAUGAACUUUGACAUAAGAUAUUAAUAUAGGCCUAUAUUGUGCAUCCUUUAGUGGAAAUUCCCCAAUAUUAUUUAAAUUAUUGUAUAACGUAUGUAGGUCUACGCAGUUGAGGACUAAAUGGUUAAGUUAAUGAACUGAGAAAUGGCUGAAAAGGGAAUUCCCGAGUUCCUUGAUAACCUGGAGAAAAACGUACUGGAAUGUGCAAUUUGUUUGAAAAGACUUAACAGACCAAAGACAUUGGUAUGCCUUCAUACAUUUUGCUUAUCAUGUCUUCAAGAUUGGGUUAAACAAAAAGAUGGGCUUAUUUGCCCUACUUGUUACCAGCCAUGUACCAUUCCAGAGGGUGGUCUUCAAAAGCUACCACCAAAUACAUUCCUCAUUAACUUAUUAGAAAAUGUUGAACAAUUUGAAGAAGAAAACAAAAUCAAGUGCUUAUGUAGUAAAGCUUAUGCUAAAUUCUACUGUCAGAAUUGCAGAAAUCAUUUGUGCUGUUCUUGCAAAGAUCAACAUGAAUUAUUUCCUCAAUUAAGGGAUCACCAGAUUCAUUCAGUUGAAGAUGUCAAGUCAAUUACUUCACGUGAUCUCUCAUCUUUGAAUACGCCACUUUGUUCACUCCACAAAGACAACGCCCUUAAUUAUUAUUGCAAUGUUUGUGUAACUCCUAUUUGUACAAACUGUACAAUCACCGAACAUAGUGAACACAAACACGUUGAUAUUUCUGAUGCUUUCAAUGAAUUUGUUGAAUCUACUGUUCAUUUAAAACAAGAUGUGGAAGAAUUCAAGGCAACUAUGAUUACUAGACGGGAAAAUGCCCAGUUGAAAGCAAUUAAACUCGAGGAAAGCAAUGAGAAAUGCAAAAAUGAUAUUAAUGCAUUUGUUGAAGAAAUGAAAAACCUAAUCAAUGAAAUGGAGGCAAACUUAUUGAAAGAGCUCCAUAAUGUGUAUGGCAGAAUGAAAAAGAGAAAUAUUUGCGAAAUUGAUGAUUUAAACAGAAUGGCAUCUGACGUGGAUACAAGAUGGAACUACAUUUCGCAGUUACUAAAAAACAACAAAGCAACUGCUUUGCAAUCAAGUGAAAGGGCAGUGGUGGCACUUCAAGACAAAAUAAAGGUGUUUCAGGAAGUGGAACUAAGAGAUGAGGCAGAAAUACAUUUCCUAAAAGAAAACAAAUCAUAUAGUGAAUUAAAACAAAACGGAAUUGGGUGUAUUGUAGAGAACGAUUUUAAGAUGAACUUAGAUUCACUGACUGUUACUCGAGGACAAACAUUUAUGAUCAAAAUAAGUAAAAUAAGUGAUAAAUAUGCGAGCAAGGUAAAUGCAACUUUAACACAUGAUGAUGAAAUCACCAUUCCUAAAACGGAACAUCAACGUAAUGGAGAUUGUGUAAUAUCAGGGACUUGUUCAUGUGUAGGUGUUUGGAAUCUAAACGUUGGUCUAGGUGAAAUUCCAAUUAAGGGGUCUCCAUUGAAUAUCAGUGUUGAGAAUAUAGGAUUAAGAUGCAAGCAUGACUUAAAAGAAUAUGUAACGGGUGUAGUAAUGACUAACGAUGAGCUUUUGCUAGUGGCAAAUAAAUCUAAUGAAAUUUUAAAAUUAGAAGAAUCUGUUGAAAGUAGAAUCAAUUUGCCCAAAGGUGCAAAAGUUCAUAGAAUAAAUACAUUGAAAACCAAUGGCAACAUAGUAUUCAGUGAUACAGGUAACAGAUGUAUUACAAUAUGCAAGCUGGACGGCCAGGUAAUCAGGUCAAUUGGUGAAGGUUUAAUAGGCAAUCCUUAUGGGAUUGAUGUAAAUGAAAGAACAAAUGAACUUUACGUUGCAGACUACACGAACAAUUGUAUAUUUGUCUUCAGUCUAGAAAGUUAUCAACUGAUCAAAAAAAUAGGAUCUAAAGGUAAAUGUAAUGGAAUAGUAGAAAAACCAAGUGAUGUAACACUGACUAAGGACGGACAUGUGGUUGUUGCAGAUACACUCAAUCACAGAAUACAAAUGUUUGACAGAGAAGGUUCAUUCAUUCAAGUUUUAGUACAAGAAGGGUUUGAAAACGGUAAAGUGAAAUACCCUAGAGGUGUCGUAAUGGAUGAAGAGGAACACCUUAUUGUAGCAAGUAACCAUAAGCUUCAGCUAUUCGAAAAAUCUGGAAAGUUUAUCAAAAUAAUUGGCCAACAACAAGAUGGGAUAAAUAAUCCCGAGGGAGUAUGUGUAGUUUCUUAUUAUCCAAGAAGAGUAGCCGUUGCAAAUUGGAACAAAAAAAAUGUUCUAAUAUUCAAUUAUUAGUGAGUUAAGUAUAUUAACUGGCUUACCAAAACAAUGGUUUUCAUUCUAAUUUUCCCAUUAUCCAAGAAGAGUAGCGCGCGAAUUGGAGCAAACAAAAUGUUCAGAUCUUUAAUCAUUAGUGAACAAUGUAAAUUGAAUUUAUGAUCUCUAUAUCUCUCAUAAAGGCAGUUUGUUAUUACUGUAUUCUUUUAUUCUUCGAGUUUGAGAGGCCCAUACAAAAGGUUUUAAAACAGUUGUUAACAUUUAUUUAGAUUAUUAAAAAAUAUAUGUAGCAUGAAGCUCAGAUGAUAAUUGAAUUUUAAUUGUAAUUAUAAUAUUUCAGAUUAUAGCAGUGAGUUACUUAUAAGGUGUUUUUUUUAUUAUUUUUUUUAAUACAAUGUGGGCGAGUCAAUGACAGUUGAGCACGUAUAAUAUAAAAUGCGUUUAAAAUCAUUAGAAACCGGUUUCAUUAUACUCAGGACACUAGAAACAUUGAUGUACUUCAAGCACUCUACACUGCAACCUGCUCCUUUCUGGAAGAAGAAGGUCGAUAUCAACAAUUUAAAACCCACCCUAGGUUACGGGAAAGAAAGUCAGUUAAUCAAUUAAAAAAAAAAUAAUAAUAAUAAUAAUAGGCCUAAUAGUAAUAAUAGUAAUAAUAAUAAUAAUAAUAAUAAUUAUAUAAUAAAUAAAUAAAAAUAAUAAAGUAAUACAAAAUAUAAAAGAAUGCAUUAUUUUGUGAAGCAUAAUGAAUGGGAUAUCAUUGAUCUCAAGUGAACGCUAGCAGCAGUGAUCAUGUUAAUGGUUCCCGCCAAUGGCGGCCAUGGUGUUCCAAGGAAGAUGGCUACGUAACGGUAACAGUAAGUAGUAUAGAAUUAUUAGUAUAACGGGAUAGUCAUUUAGGAUGUCAAGGAAUAUCAACAUGUAAUUUGGAAUUAUUGUAUCAUGAAUUAAAGAACUUGUCUGUUGUUGGAA